UGCCCCUGUGAAAAACUCGUGUCGUUGCACAAUUGGCAACGAAUUUUAACGCAAAAAGUGGAAAAUAUUUCCAAAAUUCAUUAGAAAUUUACAAAAACAAUCGCGCGUAGUAUUUUGCAUAUAAAAUAUGUGAAAUUGGAUAGUUUAAGUGGAGAAAACACGUUGUGAAAAAAAGUAUGCAUUAAUCGAAUUUGAUCGAUUUUGGUGAAAAAAAAAUUUUGCUGGUGCUCGCCAUUUACCCGAUCCGACAAUCUCUGGCCAUUGUUUUUGUUUCUCGCUCGGGCGCAUACCGUCUAGAUAUGGUGCGAAUGAGAGGUCGGUAGUGAAUAUGAUUUUUGGGCGCAUAUGGCGUUUCGUGUUACGAUACGGUUGUGUGUUGUAUAUGCAAGCGAACUGUGUUUAGGCCAGGUAGCUAGCUGACUCGUACAAACUUCUUGAAGAGGAGUGAUGGGUGUAUGUGUGAGGUUGUUGGCUGGAGGCGCUGUCGUGUGUAGAUACGAUACGGUAGCGCGAGCGCGGAACUGGUACGUCGGUAUAGCAAAACGAUUCAUUAUACGUGUCGGUAUUGGUGCAUGGGUGGGGUAGUGUUUGUAACGGCUGCUGGAUGGCUUGCGCGGCGCAGUUGAUUUCGAAAAUUCGGAGUUGGGUGCGAGUAGGUACGCCCGUGUAUAUUAUUUUCGGAACUUUACUUUUCCGCAACCUAAUGAGCGUGUGCGCGAAAGAGUUGAAAAUGGUAGCUUUAAAUUGUAUGAAUUCAAUUCGGAGUUCGGCAACGUGCUCGAUUCGGUUGGUAUCGUUUGCCGUGGGUAGUUUUUGCGUUUUCCGCUUGGCUCUGUUCGAUUUAUAAAAAAUUUUGUGCCUGUCAUCGGCUUGAAUUCAUAUGAGUGUAAAUGCGACAACCCGCGCUGUGUAUGUAUAUUUUCCUUGUCGGCGCGCGCGAUCCCUGCCGAGAACGUCGACGACGGCUGGGCUUCCGCCAUUAUGGCUUUCAUGCCAAAACCACGCUAUUCCCAAAUUUCUUAAAUUUUGUUUGUAAUUUUUACGCAAAGUUAAAAUGUAUAAAAUUAUGGGAGCUAUUAAAAAGGGAGUUUUGAAGAGUGAAGUAAAAAAUUUAUUGAAAUAAUCAAAAAAUUAAAUCAGUAUGAAGCGGAAUUAAAAAGUUAGCCUUUUAAAAAGGAAAAGUUAAAAAAGGCGAAUAAACGGCAAGGCAGAGUAACAACAAACAAACAAUUUGUAAACAACGACCUAGCCCGUACAGCCAAAAGUAGCAAUAAAAGCUAAAGCGACAGCGAAAAAUCGCACUGUAUAAAAAACAGUGUGGAUCAAAUUAGUGUGAUAGUAAAUUUAAACAAUCAGAAUUAAAGUACUACAAUGUUGCAAUGAAAUGUGCAAAAGUCAUCGUUGUAAUUAUGUCCAUUCAUUUGAUUUCUUCGAUUUCAACGUGAAAAAUGUCGUCGAUCCGAUUGCUGCACCGCUCGUCGUUGUCGUUGCUACCACUGCAGUGCUGUAAUUGCAAUAACUUUAUCGCCUACAUUUUGUUGUUGAUAACAUCGCUGUUGUCUACCACGCUUUGCGCUAUCUAUAAAAGCGUUAGCAAGAAAAACAACAAUAACAACAGAUCUUGCCUUUAUCAUCACAACCAAGACCAGCGAAAGGAUAGUUGUAACCAUCCAUUGGCACUGAAAUCAUCAAAUCUCGAUCACUUUUACUGUUACUGCCGCUGCUUAAACCAAUUAAAUACUACAACAGCUGUUUCUACAAGAGGGUCAGUAAAUCAAAGCACUGUUACCGAUUGCCAAACAUCUGAUACAUACAUUCUCACACCGCUCACAACUGCUGCCAAGCACAGCGCCAGCAGCAAUUGCAGUAGUAGCAGCAUCAGCUGGAAUUGCAGUGAAAGUGACGGCCCACUUCCGAUAACUAGGAACAGGCAUUCGCAACAGUACUCACAUAAAGAGGAGCAGCAGGUUUUUUACCAAUCAAUUGAUUGCUGCUGCGCCAAUAAAAGCAAAAACAAGAACAUUUGCAGGAGUAGCAUAAGAAGCUCCGUUCACAACCGGAAUAUAGACAGUGAUUGCUACAGUCCAAAACGAGCAUUGUAUAUUCGGUCCAAUACUAACACCUAUACUAGGCAGCUUAGUAGCCACAUCACCACAUCAUCAACCCCUGAAGAAGCAGAAAUAACCGCGACGGUUAUAGUACCGACGCUUGUGGAUCUCACGCACCCAUCCUUGCAUCCUACAUUAACUCCAAAUAGCAACGGCAAAAACAGCCCACUUACCUCCAAACACCUGACUAACAACAACAACAACAAGCCGUUUUUCAAUCCUUCAGCGCAGAGGCUAAUCAGUAGCAGUUCAACGCCGCUGCUGCAGGAGAAUCAGCAGUCUACGCAUUCCAACAGUGAUUUUGGUGUAUCGACGUCGUUACACGUUUUGGUGCAACAACGAAAGUCAAAGUCACAACCAAGAAAACCGCAGCAGAAUUUGCGUGUUGGUAUCAUAAAAUACGCUUAACUAAAUUUAAAUCGAGUCUAAACAACACACAGUAGAAACGGAUAAUUUCAUAUUUACGGAAACAAUAUUCAUUAGUAAAAGCCUCAGCAGCAGAGAAAGCAAAAAACAGUCAACGAAACCAUCAAACGUGUUUCAUUAACAGCUGUUUUUGCCAUAACCAAUUUGGUACAACUGUAAAACAAAUAUUGGAUAACCAAGAGGGCGAUUAAAGUAGAAAGGUGUGAGAAGAAUCAACAAAAUCAGUAGACGAAUCAACUAAAAACCACCGUUGCAUCCAUAAACAGCAAACACACACACAC